UCUAUAUCUGUAACUCAUUCACAACCUUGCUGUCUACCUAGACCUGUGUCAUGUUUCUAAAUAUUCAGACCAAGGACUGCAGAAGAAUAUAAUAUUGACUGCUUCAGCACUGUUUUUUCCUGAAGAGGCCACGGAAGAAGAAAUUAAAAUAAUCCCUGCAACAAGUGCAAAAAUUGUGUUCCCUUUAUAGAUGAUGAAAAAAUAAUUAGAAUAGCAGAAGAGGCUUAACUUUCUACCAAGGAGCCAUCUGUUCUAAUAGAUCCAAGUUUCCAGGAGACAAGAGUGUGGCCAUGUCAUCAGCUGACUUCCUGUACCAAGAUAACUUUACCGAUUACUUUGAAGAUUAUGAGGAAGAUGAGCCAUUCCAGGCCCAGGCCCACUUUAGUCAUGCACGAAUUGCUUCUCUCGUGCUACAGAUGACGGCUUUUCUCUUAGGAGUUCCUGGCAAUGCAAUAGUUAUUUGGAUCAUGGGCUUCAAAUGGAACAAGACAGUCACAUCCGUCUGGUUCCUCAACUUGGCAAUUGCAGACUUAAUAUUUCUUUUGUUCCUGCCCCUGUAUAUUGCCUACAUCUUCAUGGGCUUCCACUGGCCUUUUGGGAAAUGGCUGUGCAAAGCAUAUACUUUUAUUUCCGUGCUCAACAUGUUUGCCAGUGUCUUCUUUCUGACAGCAAUCAGCCUUGAUCGUUACGUCCAUCUGAUCCACCCUGCCUUCUCCUACAGGCAUCGGACACUUGGGAAUGCCUAUAUCCUGGUUCUACUCAUUUGGAUUUUGGCUACAGUUCUUGGAAGCCCAGCCCUAUAUUUCAAGGACACCCUUAUAUCACCCCAAAACGUCACCAUAUGCUAUUACAACUUUCACCAUGACUUGGAUAUUAUCGUAUUCAGGCAUCAAACGCUUACAUGGAUAAAGUUCAUUUGUGGCUAUCUCUUUCCGCUUUUAACUAUGAUUGUUUGUUAUUCCUUUCUGGUUAGCCAGGUUAAAAAGAGUACAGUUCUAACCUCCAGCAGGCUCUUCUGGACUAUUUUUGUUGUUGUGGUGGUGUUUUUUAUUUGCUGGACCCCAUAUCAAAUAUUUAGCAUUCUGGAACUGUCAGCUCAUCAUAACGUCUUUUUGCAUGAAUUGCUUGAAAAUGCCAUGCCUCUUUCGAUCGGCUUUGCCUUCCUUAAUAGUUGCCUGAACCCUAUCCUUUAUGUCCUUCUCAGUAAGAAACUCUCAUCCUGCUUUAGUGUGACGUUCUCAGAGUUGGUCAAACACACCCUGUGGGAAGUCAGCCGGUCUGCUACAGUCAGCGAUCACGGCCAGAAUUCCCUGAGUCUGCAGUUGACUGAAGUCCCAGUGAUAGAACACCCUCUGGAGGAAAUUUUGCAAUGA